AUGGUACAAGAAGUCCAGUUCUCGUCCUUCUCGGACCAGAAACCAGGAACAUCAGGCCUGAGAAAGAAGGUCAAGGUCUUUCAGCAGCCUCAUUACAGCGAGUCUUUCAUCACAGCAAUCCUCCUGUCAAUACCAGAAGGCGUGGAAGGUUCAUUCCUUGUCAUUGGUGGUGAUGGCAGAUACUACAACCCUGAGGUUGUUCAGAAAAUUGCCAAAAUUGGCGCUGCCUACGGCGUCAAGAAGCUCCUAAUCGGCCACAAUGGUAUCCUGAGCACUCCAGCUGCGAGCCAUGUCAUCCGCAAGCGCAAAGCCACUGGUGGCAUCUUGCUCACAGCCAGUCACAACCCAGGUGGCCCGACCGAGGACUUCGGUAUGAAGUAUAACCUCUCCAACGGCGCUCCUGCUCCCGAAUCAGUCACAGACAAGAUCUACCAAAAGUCAAAGAGCUUGACAAGCUACAAGAUUGAGAAUAUUCCAGACGUCGACAUUUCAACCAUUGGGUCAAGGAAGUAUGGCAAGCUCGAAGUGGAGAUCAUCGACUCAGUCGACGAUUAUGUGAAGUACAUGAAGGAGAUUUUCGACUUCGAACUCAUCCGCUCCUUCUUCAAAGCACAACCCGACUUCAAGGUCCUCUUCGAUGGUCUAUCCGGUGUCACCGGACCAUAUGCAGUCGCCAUCUUCCAGAAAGAGCUUGGUCUACCUCCAUCGAGUACACAAAACUGCGAGCCAAGCCCCGACUUCAACGGAGGUCACCCAGACCCAAACCUGACGUAUGCCCACUCGCUUGUCGAACGUGUCGACGCAGACGGCAUCCACUUUGGAGCAGCAUCCGACGGUGAUGGAGACCGAAACAUGAUCUACGGCAAGAAUGCCUUCGUCUCACCAGGCGACUCAUUGGCCAUCAUCGCACAUUAUGCUAAGCAGUAUAUCCCAUACUUCCAGAAGCAGGGAGUCUAUGGUCUAGCUCGUUCAUUCCCCACAUCGAGCGCCCUGGAUCUGGUUGGCAAGAAGCAAGGUCUGGAGACAUACGUGGUGCCAACUGGCUGGAAGUUCUUCUGUGCUCUAUUCGACUCUGACAAGAUGUCUAUCUGCGGCGAGGAAUCAUUCGGUACUGGCUCCAACCACAUCCGUGAGAAAGAUGGCCUAUGGGCUGUAUGUGCCUGGCUCAACAUUAUGGCCGGCGUGAACAAGGAUACUGGCAAGCUGCCUUCGAUCGCUGAGAUCCAGAGUCAGUUCUGGAACACAUAUGGCCGCGUCUACUUUACCAGGUACGACUAUGAGAACGUCAGCAGCGAUGGAGCGAACCAGAUGGUAGCACACCUUCGCGAGAAACUUGCAGCUAAAGACACCGUCGGCUCCAGUGUAGCAGGCCGCAAAGUCACCGAGGCGGGCGAUUUCUCGUACACUGACCUCGACGGCUCUGUAUCAAAGGGUCAGGGCAUUUACUUCAAGUUCGACGACACUACCCGUGUUGUUGUCAGACUGUCUGGCACGGGCAGUGCUGGCGCUACCAUUCGUCUCUACGUCGACAAGCUCGAGGAAGACAAGAGCAAGGUCGGAGAGGAUACGCAGCAGUAUCUGAAGGAUUCGGUUGGCGUCGCUCAAGAGCUGCUGCAGUUGCAGAAGUUCAUCGGCCGUACCGAACCAGACGUCAAGACCUAG